CCCUCGGCGCCCGCGCUGGGCAUGCUCAGUCAGCCGGGCCGCUUCAGCUCUCGGAGUAGGAAGCCUGGGCGCUUCGGCUGUAAGGAGCCGCGGCGGGGGGAAAAUGGAGCCCUUCACCAAUGAUCGGCUUCAACUCCCCAGGAAUAUGAUUGAAAACAGCAUGUUUGAGGAAGAACCAGAUGUGGUGGAUUUAGCCAAAGAACCUUGUUUACAUCCUCUAGAGCCUGAUGAGGUGGAAUAUGAGCCACGGGGUUCACGACUGCUGGUGCGUGGUCUUGGUGAACAUGAAAUGGAUGAGGAUGAAGAGGAUUAUGAGUCAUCUGCAAAACUGCUGGGCAUGUCCUUCAUGAACAGAAGCUCAGGCCUUCGGAACAGUGCAGCUGGCUACAGGCAAAGUCCAGAUGGGGCUUGUUCAGUACCCUCUGCAAGGACCAUGGUGGUCUGUGCUUUUGUCAUCCUAGUUGCCAUUUCUGUAAUUAUGGUGAUUUAUCUACUGCCCCGAUGUACCUUUACCAAAGAAGGCUGCCAUAAAAAAAAUCAGUCAAUGGGACUAAUUCAGCCAGUCGCAACAAAUGGAAAGUUGUUUCCAUGGGCACAAAUCAGACUUCCCACUGCCAUUAUGCCACUACGCUACGAACUUAACCUACACCCAAACCUAACCUCGAUGACAUUCAGUGGUUCUGUGAUAAUUUCAAUUCAGGCUCUUCAGGCCACAUGGAAUAUUGUUCUUCACAGCACUGGCCAUAAUAUUUCAAGAGUGACCUUUACAUCAGCUUCAAGUCAAGACAAACAAGUUGAAGUCCUGGAAUAUCCAUUCCAUGACCAAAUUGCCAUUGUUGCCCCUGAAGCCCUUCUUGAAGGGCACAAUUAUACCUUGAAGAUAGAGUAUUCAGCAAAUAUCUCUAGUUCUUAUUAUGGGUUUUAUGGCAUCUCCUACACAGAUGAAAGUAAUGAGAAAAAGUACUUUGCAGCAACUCAGUUUGAACCCCUGGCAGCAAGAUCUGCUUUUCCUUGUUUUGAUGAACCAGCAUUUAAAGCCACAUUUAUUGUCAGGAUCACAAGGGAUAAGCAAUAUACUGCUUUAUCAAAUAUGCCUAAGAAGUCAUCAGUCUUGAUGGAAGAUGGACUUAUUCAGGAUGAGUUUUCUGAAAGUGUAAAAAUGAGCACUUACCUGGUUGCUUUCAUUGUGGGCGAGAUGAAGAACCUGAGUCAGGACUUAAAUGGAACCCUGGUUUCUAUAUACACUGUACCAGAAAAGAUUGGUCAAGUUCAUCAUGCCUUGGAAACAACUGUGAAACUUCUUGAGUUUUAUCAAAACUACUUUGAAAUUCAGUACCCACUUAAGAAACUGGAUUUGGUGGCUAUUCCUGACUUCGAAGCAGGAGCAAUGGAAAAUUGGGGUUUAUUAACUUUCCGAGAGGAGACACUUCUGUAUGACAAUAACACUUCUUCAGUAGCAGACAGAAAACUGAUUACUAAAGUCAUCGCUCAUGAGCUGGCACAUCAGUGGUUUGGCAAUCUGGUAACAAUGCAGUGGUGGAAUGAUCUAUGGUUAAAUGAAGGUUUUGCCACUUUUAUGGAAUAUUUCUCUUUGGAAAAAAUAUUUACUGAUCUCUCCAGUUAUGAAGAUUUCUUAGAUGCCCGAUUUAAAACCAUGAAGAAAGAUUCCUUGAAUUCAUCUCAUCCAAUAUCAUCAUCUGUUCAGUCUUCAGAACAGAUUGAAGAAAUGUUUGAUUCUCUUUCCUAUUUUAAGGGAGCUUCUCUUUUGCUCAUGCUGAAGACUUACCUUAGUGAAGAUAUAUUUCAACAUGCUAUUAUUAUUUACCUGAAUAAUCACAGUUAUGCAUCAAUUCAGAGUGACGAUCUCUGGGAUACUUUUAAUGAAGUCACAAACAAAACACUAGAUGUUAAGAAAAUGAUGAAAACCUGGACUCUGCAAAAAGGAUUUCCUUUAGUGACUGUUCAAAGAAAAGGAAAGGAACUUCUUGUACAACAAGAAAGAUUCUUCUUAAAUAUGAAGUCUGACCUUCAGUCUUCAGAUGCAAGCUAUCUGUGGCAGAUUCCACUAUCUUAUGUCACUGGGGGAAGAAAUUAUUCAAAAUAUCAAUCGGUAUCGCUACUGGACAAGAAAUCAGGUGUCAUCAAUCUUACAGAAGAAGUGCAGUGGAUCAAAGUCAAUACAGAUAUGAGUGGCUAUUAUAUUGUACAUUAUGCAGAUAAUGACUGGGAAGCACUAAUCAAACAGUUGAAUGUGAAUCCUACUGUCUUGAGUGACAAAGACCGAGCCAAUCUCAUCAACAACAUCUUUGAACUUGCAGGCCUAGGCAAGGUACCUCUUCGGAGAGCCUUUGAUUUGAUUGAGUAUCUUGGAAAAGAGAACUGUACAGCACCCAUCACUGAAGCCCUGUUCCAAACGGGCCUCAUCUAUAACCUCCUUGAAAAACUGGGACACAUGGAUCUGGCUUCAAGAUUGGUGAAUAGAGUAUUUAAAUUGCUUCAAAACCAAAUCCGGCAACAAACUUGGACUGAUGAGGGCACCCCAUCUGUUCGAGAGCUUCGAUCAGCCUUGCUAGAAUUUGCUUGCACCCACGGCAUAGAAAACUGCAGCACUACUGCCAUGAAGCUGUUUGAUGAAUGGGUGGCAUCCAACGGAACUCAAAGCCUACCUACUGACAUUAUGACUACCGUGUUCAAAGUGGGAGCAAAAACUGAGAAAGGCUGGACUUUCCUCUUAAGCAAGUAUGUCUCUAUAGGCUUGGAGGCAGAGAAGAAUAAAAUUCUUGAAGCUCUUGCCAGCUCAGAGGAUGUACGGAAGCUUUACUGGUUAAUGACAAGUAGCCUCAAUGGAGAUACCAUCAGAACACAAAAGUUGUCAUUCAUCAUUAGAACAGUGAGCCGACAUUUUCCUGGACACUUAUUGGCAUGGGAUUUUGUCAAAGAGAACUGGAAUAAGCUUGUUCAGAAGUUCCAUCUGGGGUCUUAUACCAUACAAAGUAUUGUUGCUGGAUCUACUCACCUAUUUUCAACAAAGGCACAUUUGUCUGAGGUCCAGACGUUCUUUGAAAAUCAGUCGGAGGCAACCUUUCGACUGCGUUGUGUCCAAGAGGCUUUGGAAGUCAUCCAAUUGAAUAUCCAGUGGAUGGAGAAGAACCUUAAAACUCUGACAAAGUGGCUGUAGCAUGCACACCUGCACCUCAUUUUGUCACCAUUCAGAGAGCUUGUUAACUUGGGCUGUGCUGCUUUUUGCAAAAAAAGCCAACGUGAAGCCAGGUUGCUGCCGAGUUGUUUGCACUCUUAGGAGUUCUAGUUAGCUCAGGGCUCGUCUAUAUUUUUCAUGUAUUUUCUGAAUUGUCUUUGGGCAGUAUGUAGUUAUUUAUUACAAGAUUAUAUUCACCUGUAUGCCAACCACCUACAAAAACAUUGAGUACUUUUUCUACUUUGAAGAUAUACACAUGGGAAAAAAACUGUUUUUGGAAUUCUAUUCUAUUCUGUUUCUCAGUAUCUGGAAAGUAUUGACACAAUGAGAAGAGGAAAGAUCUAUCAAGGGAGCCACCAUCUUUUUGGGUUUCUGGUUUGUGAGCUAUCUCUUGCUUCUUGUUGGUAGUUACUGGUUGAAUGUGCUACAAAAUUAGCUUAAGUAUGAUACAUGGAGUUGAUGAAACAUGCAACUGUUGAGAACUGA